GGGGGCGAAGGCCGCCUCUUACUGCAGGCGAACAGUCUUAACUGGCAGCUUCCUUCCCUGAGGUGCAGACAGCUGGGCAUGGGCCUCCCGAGGCUUCGCCAUGAGCUUCCUGAUCGACUCCAGCAUCAUGAUCACCUCCCAGUGCCUUCUUGCUUUCCUGGUUUUUGUGGUUCCUCUGGGUUAUGUACUCACAUCUGAAGAUUUGGAGCUAAGAGCCUAAAGAUGAAUACUGUUUUUUGGAUUCGGGUGGCUUUUCUUCAUGCGUCAAUUGUUUAAGGACUAUGAGGUGCGUCAGUAUGUCGUGCAGGUGAUCUUCUCCGUGACUUUUGCAUUUUCGUGCACCAUGUUUGAGCUUAUCAUCUUUGAAAUCUUGGGAGUUCUGAACAGCAGCUCCCGUUAUUUUCACUGGAAAAUGAACCUGUGUGUAAUUCUGCUCAUUCUGGUUUUCAUGGUACCUUUCUACAUUGGUUAUUUUAUCGUGAGUAACAUCCAACUGUUGCAUAAGCAGCGCCUGCUCUUUUCCUGUCUCCUGUGGCUGACCUUUAUGUAUUUCUUCUGGAAGCUGGGGGAUCCAUUUCCCAUCCUCAGCCCAAAGCAUGGGAUCUUGUCCAUAGAACAACUCAUCAGCCGAGUGGGCGUGAUUGGGGUGACGCUCAUGGCCCUGCUCUCCGGAUUUGGUGCUGUCAACUGCCCGUACACAUACAUGUCCUACUUCCUUAGGAAUGUGACUGACACGGAUAUCCUUGCAUUGGAACGGCGACUGUUGCAGACCAUGGACAUGAUCAUAAGCAAGAAGAAAAGGAUGGCCGUGGCACGGAGAACCAUGUUCCAGAGGGGGGAGGUGCAGAACAAGCCGUCGGGACUCUGGGGCAUGCUGAAGAGUGUGACUGCGUCAGCCCCCGGCAGUGAAAAUCUGACUCUUAUCCAACAGGAAGUAGAUGCUCUGGAAGAACUAAGCAGGCAGCUCUUUCUGGAAACAGCUGAUCUGUAUGCUACUAAGGAAAGAAUUGAAUACUCCAAAACAUUCAAGGGGAAGUAUUUCAAUUUCCUGGGUUACUUUUUCUCUAUUUACUGUGUCUGGAAAAUUUUUAUGGCAACCAUCAAUAUUGUUCUGGAUCGAGUUGGGAAAACUGACCCUGUCACCAGAGGCAUUGAGAUCACUGUGAAUUACCUGGGGAUCCAGUUCGAUGUGAAGUUUUGGUCUCAACAUAUUUCUUUCAUUCUGGUUGGAAUAAUCAUUGUCACAUCCAUCAGAGGACUGCUGAUCACUCUUACCAAGUUCUUUUAUGCCAUCUCCAGCAGUAAGUCCUCCAAUGUCAUUGUCCUGCUGUUAGCACAGAUAAUGGGCAUGUACUUCGUCUCUUCCGUGCUGCUGAUCCGAAUGAGCAUGCCCCCAGAAUACCGUACCAUCAUCACAGAAGUCCUCGGAGAACUUCAGUUCAACUUCUAUCACCGCUGGUUUGACGUCAUCUUCCUGGUCAGUGCCCUCUCCAGCAUACUGUUCCUCUACCUGGCUCACAAGCAGGCACCAGAGAAGCACAUGGCACCCUGACCUCAGACUGUGCGAUACCUGUACUGUAUCAGACUGGGCUGUACCUGUACCAGGGCCUUAAAUUCUUUAAACAGAGGAGCUGCUGGGGCCGCUUAUUCUGCCUCCAGUACAUGCCUUCUUCCUCCUGUGAUACAGGAGUCAUAAGUAGCUUCGACUAAGACAAGAGAGAGAAAUCCCCACAGCAUUCGGCAGGGAGCAUGUGUGGGUCUGAGGCUGUGCAAAACGAGGGUGGGAGUCAGGGCAUGAGGAUAUCCCGGUGCUCCUGAGAAGGUGGCUUCCCAUGAAAAAUUUAGUAAAAUCAGAGUUUUAAUACUAUG